AUGUCUUCAUCCGGUCAGCGCCUCUACGUCAAGGGCAAGCACUUGUCAUACCAGCGAGGCAAGCGUAACACCAACCCCAACACCUCCUUGGUCAAGAUCGAGGGUGUCGAGGACCCCCAAUCCGCUCAAUUCUACCUCGGAAAGAGAGUCGCAUACGUCUACAGAGCAUCCAAGGAGCGACAAGGAUCUAAGAUCAGAGUCAUUUGGGGCAAAGUUACUCGACCACACGGCAACUCUGGCGUCGUCAGAGCCAAGUUCAACCACAACCUUCCUCCUCAGUCCUUCGGCGCGAGCGUUAGAGUCAUGCUGUACCCCAGCUCGAUAUGA